AUGGCAGAAUCUGUUGCAAAUGUGUUUCUGGAAACCCUUCGUGAUUUGCUGGUUGAAGAAACUAAGUUUUUGCUUGGUGUGGGCGCUGAUGUUGAGAAAGUUAAACGAGAUCUGAAAAGCAUACAUGCUUUGCUGAUGAAAGCAGACAGAGAGAGGCAUGAUUCUCCAACUCUAAAGACUUACAUUCACCAACUCAAAGAUCUUGCUUUCAAAGCUGAGAAUCUGCUUGAAACGUAUGCCGUUGAAGUUCAAUCCAAAAGGGAAGAAGGGCGGAGGAGCCUCAUGGACAGAUUUCAAAGGUACAUUUGUAUCAUGUGUGAGUGCUGCAGUGUCCACCAGGUCGGGAAAGAGGCUCAGGAAAUAAUGUCGGAGCUGGCCGUACUCGCUGAAAAGUUAAGAGUCAGAGUUGGGAGAAGCAAGCUCAUCGGAUUCGAAGGGUGA